GGCAGCUCUUAUUUUCCUUGUAGCUAUACACAAAUAAAAUCGCCUCAUGGGUGUUCCAGAAAAAGUCGAGGUCUCGGGCUCAUCGUCCCCUGUGCAGGAGAAUGGAACUACCAUCCAAGAAAAAUAUGCAGAUGAGACCCUGCGUAUAUUGGAAAGUCAUGGAGAUGACUUUGAACCAUUGACUCCCGAAAAAGAGAAGAAGCUGAGGCGAAAAUUAUAUUGGCAUGUUAUGGGUUUACUGUCCGCCAUCAACUUGCUGCUCUUUAUCGACAAAUCAACUUUGGGUUACGCUGCUAUUCUGGGCUUGUUUGAAGAGACUGGUAUCAACAAGGCACAGUACAACAAUCUUGGAACGUUCUUCUACGUCGGCUAUCUGGCUGCACAAUGGCCAGGACACUAUGCUAUGCAGAAACUACCAUUCGGAAAAUUCGUCGCUAGUCUCAUCUUUAUGUGGGGAGUUACGGUACUCCUACAUUGCGUUGCGACAAAAUACGCCGGUCUUGUGGUUCUGCGUUUGGCUCUCGGUGCUAGCGAAUCUGUCGUGGUCCCUGCAAUGGAAAUGACUAUUGGCAUGUUUUUCACUCGUCAUGAACAGUCAUUUCUUCAGCCUAUUUUAUGGGUGACAUCAGCACUUGCACCGGUCUGUAUUGCGUUUAUCUCCUAUGGUCUUCUCUGGAGCACCAGCGCCGUUCUGCCUUGGAAGCUUUUAAUGAUUAUAACUGGAGGUUGCUCUACUCUUCUGUCAAUUCUCAUAUGGUUCCGAUAUCCCAAUAACCCCGCCGAGGCCAAGUUCCUGACCUUGGAAGAGAAGGUUCACGCCAUCAAGCGGGUUCAUGAGUCAAGUCAAAGCUCCAUUGAGCAGAAACAAUUUAAGAAAACUCAGUUCGCAGAGACAAUGCGUGACCCUGUUUCGUGGUUAUUCGCUUUGCAGGCUUUCACACUGAUGAUGUCCAACAAUCUAACCUACGGGCAACAAAAUCUCAUUACUACUGCUCUUGGAGUGGACAAUUUGGGGUCUACUCUUGUAGCAGCGGCAGGCGGUGGUUUUGGUGUCGCUGUUUGUCUUGCUGGUGCUUUCUUUCUACGAUGGUGGCCGUCGAACCUUGCGCUACAUGGACUCGUUUGGUGUAUUCCUGCAAUUGCUGGUGGUAUUGGAAUGGUUGCUGUCAAUUGGGAUGCAAAAUUGGCAAUGCUUGCUUGUCUGCUCCUGGCUGGCCAUACCUAUGGUAACACCUACAUUAUCGCAUUGGGAUGGACGACAUCAUCUGCGGCAGGAUAUACCAAGAAACUUACCCGCAACGUCAUGUUCAUGAUCGGCUAUUCCGUUGCAAAUCUUUGUUCGCCCCAAAUUUGGGUUCCUAAAGAUGCACCUCGCUAUUACGGUGCUUGGAUCGCCAUGAUCGUGGUAAGCUGGGCAGGUACGCCAUUGAUACUAUUCAUUAUCCAGUUCAUUUUGAAACGCAGAAACUCUCAGCGAAAGAGCUGGGCCGCAACGUUGACUAGUGAGGAAAGGAUCGCCCACGAGUUUGGAGUGGUUGAGCAUAUAGAUGAGAAUGGUGUUUUGGUUCCCAGGAAAGUUGAGAUUGCUAUGCUAGAUCUGACUGAUCUGGAGAAUCCAUUCUUCAUCUAUCCAAUCUAAGAACAGAGAGGCUUCUUUCAAAUUAGUGACAUUUAGUGAGGAGAAACUGAAACCCAGUUUUCAUACAAAAAAUGAACUAGCUUUUCUCAAAAAAUUUCUCAUAAUAUAAUUUAUACAUGCU